AUGGCGGUACUGCAACCAAAUGCCCACCCAGGCUCCCCUGCCCCUGGAGCCGGGCAGCGCGACCUGUUCGCCGGCGCGCAGACCACGGACACGGCACCACGACGCGCAGACGACCAGCGCCGCCUGCGCCGAGUAAAGGACUCGAAGGAGCAGCUGAAGAGGAGGAACCAGGCACGCGGCACGAGCAACGGCACCAUCGACACGUCGACGAGCAACUCGACUUCAGCUGGGCGCUCCUACACGGUCGCAAACGUGCACAACGGCGUGAUUUACCUCAGACCUGUGGUGCGCGCUGGGAACCAGCGCAACCUCCCUCAGCCCGACCCGUUCAUCUUCCCGCCCCAGACCCCCCCAGACAGCGCCACACUCGACACCAAGCUGCGUCCAACCAGCAAUGAAUGGGAGCAGAGCUUGUACGGCUCAAGGACACCGCGCUCCGAACCCACCCCGCCGCUGCCCCCCGACCUGUUGACGGAAUAUGAGGCCAGACAGCAGGCGCAUGCACAACACCCAUCCACCUCACGACCCAUCGCCCACCCUCGCGCCCACUCCUUCUCCACCCUUGACGGCCACACCACCACCUCAGCCACCACGGAGCCGGGAACGUUCAAGGUCGUCAUUGAAAGACCCCCGUUUGGCGCGCGACCCAAGACGGCCGAUACAUCUUCACUGCCCUUGCUGCAGGUCCCCAUCCCUCACUACCGCCUGGGCACCCCGCGCUUCAGCACAAAAGGCACCGUGGACCUACGCAGCUCAACCUACACCCGCACCUCGGCCACGGACGAGUUCAGAAACUCUCUCUUGACCCCCCAGCGCGUGGCUUCUCACUCGUUCCUGUCGUCACGUCCACAGUCAGACGCCUUCUCGCCUGUGCCGGCCAGAUAUCGUGCGACCAUGGAUCGUCCGCCACUCCCAGCAUCCGCCCCUUCCUCGUCUCGUGUCUCACACGCCCCAAUUGGCCCCCGGCUGUACGAUGCGUUGACAGCGAACCCUGAUGACAGGGCCGUCGUCAAGUUCUCUCCUUCUGGCGAGAUCCUUGCAGCUACGCCCUCAAGACUUGUUGCGCAUAUCACUUCUCCAAGCUUCCUGGACUACGAACUACUCUCUGAUUUCUUCCUCACAUUCCGUGCCUUCCUGAGCACAAGAGACCUGGUUGCCUAUCUGAUCGCGCGACUAAGAUGGGCCGUCGAUAGACAGGACGACUUUGGUCGCAUUGUACGAGUACGGACCUUUGUAGCCCUGCGUCACUGGAUCCUCAAUUACUUUGUGGACGACUUCGUGCCAUCCCAUCACUUGCGAACGUACUUCUGCAACUUGGUCAACGGACUUUACCGCGAUCUGAAGACUCGCGCAGAUGGAGGCGCAGGUGAUGUCAAGAUCGUGGGCGAGCUGAAGAAGUGCUGGAGGAGAACUUGUGUCUUGUACUGGGAAACGGAAGAAGGUCUCGGCAAAGACUUCGCAGAUGAGGAAUUGCUUCCUGGAGGUCUCGUCGAGUUACCAGCAACCUACGAAGAGCCAGAAGAGCUUGCGACUAGGCCGGCCACUCCACGACGGGUCGACCGUGAUACAAAAGAAACCAUGGGGUCAAAUCCGAGCGAUCAGUUCGCUAGCCGACACAUGGACUGGGCACAAAGGGCUCGUCACACACCUCAGAACUCUCUGAGCUCGCCUUACGUGCCCUCAAAUGAAGCUGAGACUGUCCAAGCGCCGCUUUCGCCCUCGAGUGAGGGGAGCAUGCACGUCCUGUCCUGUUCUCUCCCGCGACGUGGCUUCCUGAAGAGCGAGCAAGCCAUGGAUCUGCCUCUCUAUCCACACCCAGUACCUCAUCCUUCUACGGCACCUGCCCGCUUAGCGACAAGCCCGCAACAGCCGGUGUCGAACAAGAACACCCGUCCAUCGCACACUCACAAACGCAGUGGCAGCUUCUCUGACGCUUUGAGGGAUAGCAGGGCGCCUCUAUCUAUCCCAAAGAACGCCUCGGUGGAUGUUACCAUCUCUGCGGUGACGAGUAUGCCUGGUAGUCUUGUACGCGGUGGCCUAUUUCAGCCAAGCUCACCUUACGUCGAACUCAAGGGCACAAGUCUUCGUCAUACGCGGUCGCGCAGUGAGACGGAUGGCGAUGACAUGUAUGCCGACGACUUGCAGCUACGCCCAGGCCAUGCGAAUAGCCCAGGGAUGAAGAAGAUUCUUGGAAGUAUGCGUCGCGCCUUGAGUAUCAAACAAUCGCCUCAUAGCAGCCCGCAACUAGGGCCACAUGUACACCAGCGAAUGGUACCCCCUAUGCGAUGCUCCAAUCCAGGCACACUCAGCACAACGUCCGGAGGAGUUCGCAAGCAACGCACAAUCCGAACGCGACCCGAGAUACGAAUAGACGCGUUGGCCUCCAAGGUUGUUGAGAGCUUCAAGGAAGCCGUAGAACAGCAGCUGAGAGAAGAAGACCAGCGACGCGAAAGCAGUGUCGAGCCCCCAGAUCUAGGCGGCUUUGAAUUCGAAUUUGAGAACCGGAAGGCUUCAUCAACCGGCGAAGAUGACAAACUGUCCAGAAGUCCAGACCCUCGAGUGUACAGCAACAUCACGACUGGCAGCAAGUCUAUCCUGAUCAUAGACGAUACUGGACCACCCCCAUUACCCGUCAUGUCGGAGGCUUUGCCCUCCGCUGCGUCGGACGAGACGAGAAUUACAAGCACGCCACCAAAGUCCCUUCAACGGAAUCCGUCCAUUGCUCAACGACUUGCUGAAGGCGGCAUGGUAGCCGUGCGCCAUUCUGAUUUAUACAAAGAUCCCACCCCCACGGUUUCGGUGGAGGAGCGACGCAUGUCUCGGUCUUCAACACAGCAGUCUCAAGCCCCGCAAAGACGCUCCACGUCGGAAGGCAGGGGACAAAUGCACUCAUUCCAGCGUCGAGACUCCAUGCGCAAGUCCCUGGCUCGAUACUCAUUACGGCGACAUGUAUCAUACAACAGCAUCUUGAGUCGUCAUCGUCAGGGCCCCGAGAGUGUAGCUACGUUCAUGACAAUGUCGUCUGAUAACGACCCCUUCUUCCUUGAGCGUCAAGCACCUCAAGCACCCCAUGGCCCUGGCCGUAUGCUUCGUCGAAAACCAGGGGGUGAUUUGCGCGCUGCUGGCAACAUCCAGGAUCUCGAGAUGACCCCACGUCCACACUCCACCGGCUCGAUUUCCAACCGCACCCACUCAAUUGCAAACUCGGUCAUUCUGCGGUCAGACCGUUACGCUGCGCCAGCGCCUGACGCAAGUCAACCAGCCGAAGCAGUUGACGAGACGGUCGUCGUGAGGAAGCCUAUCUCGUUGGUUGAAACACAUUCCUCACAACCUAAUCUCAGGCCCUCAUUUGAAGCCGAAGUUGCGAAGUUGGCAGCAUUACCAGAUGACACAGACGACGAAGGCGGAGUCGAGGCAGCUCUAAUGAAGCUUGAAGGCCGAUACGAAAAGAAGUCCCCACGAGAAUCUUCCGUACGAGCCCCUGUCGUUCAGCCAGAAGUCUACUGGCCGACUGGAGCCCCUGGAGAUCUCACCAUCCCGCCCUACAAACCAAAAAAAACAGAGGAACUCGGUGGUGCCGAUGAUAGCCUUCAUCGACCGCUCGCUACUCCCGGAGCAGAAGGCCAGAACAUGUAUCAUCUGUCAGGAGAAAAUUUCAACCGUCGUGUACCUGCUGUUGUGAGCACUGCUGCAGAGUCGGAGGACUCUUACUCCUCCGUACCGCUUCUCGAUCGCGAUCUUAGCGAUGUCAUAGCUGCUGGGCGUACGCAGACUUUUGACACGAUGAGAUCAUCGGCGAAGCCGUCGCCCCUACAACUCACCGAUAACACCACGGCACAAACAACAGCAUCUGCAACAAACCCAACGUCUGCAAACCCAUCGCUUGAGUACGCGGUCGAGACGGACAGUGUGAAGAGGAUUCGGAGUGGCAAUACUCUCCCAUCUUCCACGGCUAUACGCCAGUCAUUCUUGCUCGAUGAAGACGAAGAACUGAGCGAUAUAGCUUCUACGACAACUGUUGCCAGGUCAGACGAGGCAUCGCAUGGUGUACGAACUUUCUUCGAAGACGAACCAGCAGCGAUAGACCGUGCAUCAGACAAUUUUCCGACUCACCCAAUGCGCCAUCCUCCUACACCACCCUCUACCGCAGACCGUCUGAAGGAGGCUGCACCUUCCACAACCUGGGAUCGGGGGCUACCUACGCCGGGCCUGACACCCACUGCUUCUCGUCCGGAUCAGUCCAAUCAACACACGCCCGACCAACACAUCAAGCUGCAUGAGUCGCAGUUCAAACAGCCAGUUUCAACUGCCCACUUGCCUUUCAUCUUGGCAUACGAUGCAGAGCUGAUUGCGCAGCAGUUUACGGUCGUUGAAAAAGACGCUCUUGAUGAAAUCGACUGGAAGGAACUCGUCGAGCUCCGUUGGAAGCAGUCGUCUCCUCAGAUCCGCGACUGGGUACACUAUCUUCGUACACAGGAAGCGCGUGGAGUCGACGUUGUGAUUGCACGCUUCAAUCUUGUUGUGAAGUGGGCCGUGUCUGAGUGCGUCCUCACUGAGAACAUCGAAGAGCGAGCUCGAUGCAUCAUCAAGUACAUCCAUAUCGCAUCGCACGCCCGCAGGCUCAGGAAUUACGCUACCAUGUACCAAAUCGCCAUUGCACUGAUAUCCAACGACGUCGCUCGCCUUCACAAGACGUGGGCUCUCGUACCUACGGCUGAGAAGCAGACAAUGAAGGAACUCGAAGCGCUUGUCCAACCGCUCCGAAAUUUUCACAACCUUCGCCUCGAGAUGGAGACGGCUACGGUAGAGGAUGGCUGCAUCCCUUUUAUCGGUAUCUACACGCGUGACCUGAUUUACAACGCACAAAAGCCACCAUUCAUCGACGCGCCACCUGUCGACGGCGAACGGCUCGUAAACUUUGAACGACAUCAUACAGCGGCCACAAUUGUCAAGAACCUCCUACGUCUCCUCGAGGCCAGCUCCAGGUACAGCUUCAGGGUCGACCCCGACCUGAUUAGUAAGUGCCUCUGGCUAGCUGCGCUGAGCGACGACGAGCUCGCUAAGCGCAGCCGUCAAUGUGAAUAG